CCGGAGGAAGGAUGGCUCUAGCUGCGCAACGCCCAGCCCGGGCUGGAUUCGCCUAGUGCCGCACGUGGUCGCCUGCCCGCAGCCCCCUCCCCACUCCAACCGUUCGCUUCUCCCCCACAUCCGCCCCCCGGACCCCAGAGGAUUGCAGCCCAGCGAUCCAGACGCAUCUCUCUCGGUCUCUCUCUCUCUCUCUCUCUCAAUCCGGAGCGCAGCAAAAGAGCAACGGAGAUGCCAACCGGGAUGAAGGCGCCUUUGGCCAUCCUCUUGGCCGCCUGCCUCUGCGUGGACGGCGUUUUCUCACUGGUCUGUUGGUCCUGCGACAACGUCGAAUCGAACUCGCAGUGCUGGGGGAUGCAAACCUGCUCUGAAGGGGACAAUUACUGCGCCACCACGUAUAGUGGUGGUGGGAUUGGUGGAUAUUCCACUCAAUCGAUCAGCAAGGGCUGUGUGCCAGUUUGCCCCAACGUCGGGGUCGAUAUUGGCAUCGCCGCCAUAUCUGUCCACUGCUGUUCCUCCUUUUUGUGCAACAUCAGCGGGGCCAACAGCAUCCAAAUCAACCACUUGGUGUUGGCCUUGGCUCUGCUUGCAAGUUUCUUCUAUCUCUUCGGAUCCAGGCUGUGAUGUGGCGGUGCAUCCCUCUGGCUGCAUCAAGCGGAUGAACGAGGCUUUCCAGAAAAUUUGUGUCUCGGGAAUGCUAUUCUCUUUUCUGCUUUUUUUAAUCUGAGAUUUUAUUAGGUUUAUGGAAAUCCUUUUUUUUUUUAUCGGGGGUGGGGGUGUUGUGUUUUCUUGCGUUGCUUUGGGUUGUCAGGAGGUGGAGGCACAGCUAAAAAGAGAGAAUCUUUGGGCCAUAACUUCUCCAUUGAACUUUUUAAAAGAUGUGUGGACUUCUGGGAAUGGAAGUCCACAGGUCUUAACCUCAAUGAGUUCUAGAAACACCGCUCUACGCCGCUGUGGCAAAGUUUGAAAUCAUUUCAGAGGCCUUAAAAUGUUUUUGCUUGGGUGAGAAGAUAUACACAGAGUUUUGGAUGGAGGUCUGUUAUGCAAACGCAUUUUUGUCUGUUACAAUCACACUGUUAGCAUUUGAACCCAUUAAAAUAUAUUACAUUUUACAUUAAGCAUGAUUGUGUGGCGCUGCUGCUGUGGGCCUUUUCAAUGGAAUAAACACUUGGAUUUAUAAC